UAACAUUUUAUGUGAUAUUAUGUCCUUUUACAAAGGUUGAAGAAAGUUUUAAUAUUCAAGCAAUACAUGACAUCUUGGAAUAUGGAGUUGAUAUUGAAGGUUUAGAAAAUUAUGAUCAUUUUGAAUUUCCUGGAGUUGUUCCUAGAACUUUUAUAGGCUCUUUAAUAUUAAGUGGAAUAAGUUGGCCUAUUAUACAUAUUAUGAAAAUUUUAAUUCCUACUUGGAUUAAAUUUUAUUCCCAAUAUGUUGUUCGAAUUGUUUUUGGUUUAUUUAAUGUAUACACACUUUCUUGUCUUCGAACAUCAAUCAAAAAAUCAUUUGGUCAAAGAGUUGCUAUUUUAUUUGGUGUUAUAAGUGGUUGUCAGUUUCACACUAUAUUUUGGGCAAGUAGAACAUUACCAAACAUGUUUGCAUAUCCAUUAGCAGUAAUAUUUCGUUUCGAGGUUUUGAUGUUACUUUCUUUGAUCUUAAUCUUGGAAUUAUCACUUAGAAAUUUGAAUUUCUAUGAGUUACUCGAUCAGCUAACUAUUGCCAUUCCUAUUUAUUUAGCAUUAACCUUAAUUAUUGAUUCAUACUUUUGGCAAACAUUUAUGUGGCCAGAAUUUUUUGCAUUCCAUUUCAAUGUAAUAUUGGGCAAAAGUGUGGACUGGGGAGUUUCACCUUUUCACAUCUAUUUCACAUCAUUUCUCCCACGUCUUCUACUAUUAUCUUUACCGUUAAGUAUACUUUCAAUAUUUGUGGAUCAACGUACUCAUGAAUUUUUCUUACCAAUGAUAAUUUUUGUGUUUUUAUUCUCAUUUCUUGGACAUAAAGAAUGGCGAUUUAUUGUUUAUGUAGUACCAAUAUUUAACAUGUGCUCAGCACUUGGAAUUUCAAUUAUGGGGCUUCUUUUUUUAAGCCUUCUUUUCAUAAGUUUGUUGAUGGCUAUUAUUUCAAGUUAUAAUUAUCCUGGUGGAGUGGCUUUACAAAACUUGCACAUUAUUGAAAAUGAUUUUCUUGAUGCUAGAAUACAUAUAGAUGUUGAUUCAGCAAUGACAGGUGUAUCCAGAUUUGGUGAAUUGAGAAAUGACUGGCAUUACUCAAAAGAUGAAUCACAUUCAUCACCAGAAGAUUAUAAAUCAUAUACACAUUUAUUAACUUCUAAACCUAAAUUUCAUGAAGGUAGUUUUACCAUCAUUGACAUGGUUGAUGGAUAUCAAUUUUUGAGAAUCAAAAAAACAAAUGAAUUUACUCUGAUGUGGAUUGAUUUGUUUAAUCUACUUGUUAGCUAUAACAAAAACAAUUAUUAUCAGUUUAAAGAAAUGUUUGAAUUGAUUUUCAAUUCUUUAAAUGAGACUGAUAUUAAAAUUGAACUUGACAAAAAUAUUAUUUAUUUAUGA